AUGCAGGUUUCUGUCCAGGAAAAGGAAAACUUGACCAAACAUUUGCAAGCCUUACAGAACAAAGAGUCCUCUCUGCAAAAUGCUGGUUCCAAGCUAACAUCUAAGAUCAACAGGCUGAAGAAAGAAAAGAAAAAGUACGACUUGAUGAUACAGGAACUGGAGGCGGAACAAAGGAUUCUUGAAGAGAAGAGGAGACAAAUUCAGGAGCUGGAGGAAGAUCAUGAGGAGAUAAAAGAGACUACGAAAGCUUAUAAGCUUAAGGUUAGCCAAAUGAAAGAAAGAAAUGUGGCUCUUUCCGAGGAACUCCAUAAAACCCAAACUGCUGUUAAAAGCAAAGAAAAUGCUGAAGCAGAAUUGUUGGCGUUACGGAACGAAAAAAGUCUUCACAAGAACGACAAACUCAGGCUCCAGCAGGAGAUUCAAAAAUUGAAGAUGGAGAACGGUGUCCAGAUGCACAGCAUGAGUGUUGAGAGGGACGCUUUGGAGCUAAAAAUCCAGAAAGAAAAAGAGGCCAUCCAACACACACAACAGGAAGUCUGCGCUCUGCAACGGGACCUUCAGGUGAAGCAGGAUGCUCUUCAGCACAAAGAAGAACUGGAGGAAGAACUGUCCGAACUGAAGGCGCAGAGAAAAGAUGCUCAGAACUCAAGUUUCAAGCUGAGGUGUGAAUUACAGAAGCUUCAAAAUACUGGUGGCGACUGCAAAUUACUGAAGCACGAACUUGAGGUGGAAAAGACGAUUCUUUACGUCAAAAGGCAGAAAUUGAAAACUUUCAAAAGAGAAUAUGAAGAUGUUACCACAGAUGUGGAGAAGGAGAAACGAGACAUUGACACACUCAGGACUGAAAACCAGGCUCUGCUGGGAGAAAUCCAAGCUUUAGAAAGAGUUGUGAAAAGGAAGGCCGAGGCAGAAGCAGAGCUGGGUGGUUUGAGGAACGAAAGCUCCCGUCUUAAAAACAGCGUACAAAGACUGAAAGUAGAGAUUCAAAUGAAAAAGGCUGAGCUUCAGCGUCAUUCUAACCUCAUUUGGGAAGGAACUGUCAGCUCGUCGGAUCCACAAGCUCUGUUAGGGGCAGUUCGAGAAGAACAGCGUGCUGUCGAGCUUUUAAAAAGGGAAGCCACAUACCGGAAGACUCAACUUCAUGAAUUGGAACUAUCUUCAACAUUCCAAGGAGGUUUGAGAGGAGAACUGAGGGGCCUGUUGGCUCAGAAAAAGUCAGCAGAGGAAAAUAAUUCCAGGCUGAAAAAGAAAAUCCGACAACUCCAAGAGGAACACAAAGAGGUGAUCGAAAUACGAGGAGAAGUUGUGGCACAAAGCAAGGCUCUGGAUGCUUUGAAUGCAGAAGAAAAGGAGUUGGAGGAAGCUUAUAACAGCAUCAAGGCUGAUAUCGUGGCUCUUGGAUACGGCAAAGGUCAACUGGAACUUGAAAAAGAGGUCCUGUCGGGGCAAAUCCAGGAGAAAAAGAAGGUUUUGCAAAAGAAGGGCGAGGUAGAAGCUGAGCUGUGUGCUCUGAAGGAAGUUAGCAGUUCUCUCAAAGACGGCAUAGAACUGAUCAAACAGGAGAUUGAAAGAGAAAAGGCUGAAUUUGAGCGGAUCAGUGAGUCUAAGGAGCUUCCUGACACACUGAUCUCAACUUUGACGAAGAAAGUUUGGGAAGAAAAGUUUGCCGUUGAAAAUUUAGAACAGGAAGCUGACGUUCUCAAGCGCAAGCUCCAAGACCUGAAAGUUUCUGUUCAGCAAAAACAAGGCGUAGAAAAUGAGCUGCGUCAGGUUUCUGCACAGAAACGGUCGGCGCAAGACAAUAUUUCAGAGAUGGAGCGUGAAAUCACCAAUCUUCAGAGCACGCUCCAUCAAUACGAUAAGAUCAAUGCUGAAGUUCUGUCAGAAAGCAAGACUCUAUGCUUUGCAUCAGCGACAAAGGGAGUUGGAAAAAGAACAGGAGAGCAUCCAGGCUGA